AUGGGAGAAACUUAUAUCAAUCCUCAUGAAGUCCAUAACCAUGGCGACUCUGGCACCACGCCUGCCAGCGGCACCACCAUUGCCACCAUCGACGGCUCAGUCGAUGAACCACCUAUACGAAGCGCGGGCUCGCCCCACUACCUGACUGAGAAGUCAGGGGGCGAGACUCGCUUCAUAGAAAAAACUCCUACUAUAGAUAUCGAGCUAGACCAGAUCGAUAUUGCAACAUGUGCUCACAUGUUGACUGGCACUGGCCUUGCUCGCCGCCUCGAGACCGACCUUCAGAAAGGUCUGACAGAGAGCGAGUGCGUCCAGCGCCGUGAGAAGUAUGGCCGCAACAAGCUCGAGAGCUCUGGAAGUGUGACCUGGUACAAGAUCCUUCUUCGACAGGUCUCUAACAGUCUCACCCUUGUUCUGGCUAUCGCAAUGGCACUCUCAUACGGUACUGGGGACUUCAUCGAGGGCGGUGUCAUUACCGCUGUUAUUGUCCUCAACAUCGUCGUCGGCUUCUUCCAAGACUAUCGUGCAGAACAGACUAUACAGUCGCUGCGUGCCAUGGCAGCUCCAGCUUGUCGAGUUCUUCGUGAGAGCGGUACUAUGCUUAGCAUUAAAGCCGAAGACCUAGUGCCCGGCGACAUUGUGCAACUUGCCACUGGUGACAUUGUACCCGCAGACCUCCGGCUUCACACUAGCAUCAACAUGGCUACGGACGAAGCCCUGCUCACUGGCGAGUCCAAGCCUUGUACCAAAGAUGCAAUAAAGCGACUCGAUAAUCUCGAGUGCGCCCUCGGUGAUCGUGUCAACAUGGCAUACUCUUCCACAACAGUCACACGUGGCAGAGCUCAAGGCAUUGUCACCGCAACUGGUAUGAAUACGGAGAUUGGUAAGAUCGCUCAGCUUCUUCGUGACAAGAAGGGCCAUGAAGGCAGCUCCACAUUCUUCUCCCGCGCUGCAAGACGUGUGCUUCACGGCAUCAAGAGUGCCCUUGGUCUGAUCGGCACUCCCCUCCAAGUCAAGCUGUCUUACUUUGCUCUGCUCUUAUUCGCCCUCGCCAUUCUACUGGCCAUCAUCGUCUUUUCCACUAGCCUCUGGGACAUCGACGGUGAGACUUUAAUCUACGGUAUCUGUGUUGCCGUCGCCGUCAUUCCCGAAUCUCUCAUCGCCGUCCUCACAAUCACAAUGGCUAUCGGCUCCAAAGCCAUGGCUGCUGGUAACGUCAUUGUUCGCAAGCAGGCUGCUCUCGAAGCCGUGGGUGGUGUCACCAAUGUCUGCAGUGACAAGACUGGUACACUUACUCAGGGUAAAAUGUUGGCUAGGAAGGCACUUCUUCCUAGUGGGAAGCGUCUUACUGUCGUCAAGGAGCUCAGUCCAUUCGACCCGACACAUGGAGAUGUCUUGAUCGACGACGUCCGCCUUGAGCCGGCAUCUUUCGGCGAGAUCGACGAACUUCGCUAUUUCUUCUCCACUAUUGCAUUGUGCAACAUGUCGAAUGUCAUUGCCCCUCAUGGUGACCAAACUUUAUGGUCUGCAACUGGUGAACCUACAGAAAUUGCUUUGCAGGUACUCGCUCGUCGCGUCGGUCAGGGCAAAGAUGAAAGUCUGUCCCAUACCGGCAUGUCUUUGCUUACGGAGCACUCUUUCGACUCCUCGGUCAAGCGCAUGUCUGUGAUAUACAAGCUUGCCGAACCUAGCCCUACCAUCGUCUCCUUCACCAAAGGUGCCACAGAAGCACUCUUACCUCUCCUCAGCAUCGGCGACGAUAAACGCAGAGAGAUUCUGCAUCAAGUUGAUGCCAUGGCCAGUGAAGGGCUGCGUGUCCUCUGUCUUGGUUACCGCCACCUUGACCACGCUGAUCCCAAGUCCAUUACUGAGCGCAGCUUCAUCGAGGCUGAGAACUCUCUUAUAUUUGCCGGCCUUGUGGGCCUCUACGAUCCUCCUCGUCUCGAAUCUGCUGGCGCUAUCAAACAGUGUCAAGCAGCUGGUAUUGUCGUGCACAUGCUUACCGGAGACCAUCUCAAGACUGCAACUACCAUUGCAAAGGAAAUUGGUAUUCUCGGUCCUGACGUGUACGGCUCAAACGCCCAGACCGCUGUUAUGACUGCCAUGGACUUUGACAAGCUUACUGAUGAUGCUCUCGACGUCAUGGAUCCUCUUCCAUUCGUCCUUGCUCGUUGCAGCCCAACUACCAAGCUUCGCAUGCUCGAAGCCCUGCAUCGCCGCGGUCGCUACUGUGUCAUGACAGGCGAUGGUGUCAACGACUCCCCCGCUCUCAAAGGUGCAGAUGUCGGUGUAGCCAUGGGUCUCAACGGCAGCGAUGUCAGCAAAGAAGCUGCCGACAUGGUGUUGACUGACGACAAUUUCGCUUCCAUCGUGUCCGCCAUCCGCGAAGGCCGUCGUCUCUUCGAUAAUAUUCAGAAGUUCUUGCUUCACUUGUUGAUCUCAAAUAUCUCUCAAGUCAUCCUACUUCUCAUUGGUCUGGCUUUCAAAGAUCGUCAUGACGUUUCUGUGUUCCCAUUGAGUCCCAUCGAGAUUCUCUGGGCCAACCUUCUUACUUCAUCCUUCCUCGCUAUUGGUCUGGGUAUGGAGGAGGCAUCCGCAGAUGUCAUGACCCGCGCACCUCACAGCCUCAAAGCCGGUGUCUUUACCAAAGAGCUCAUUGUUGAUAAAUUCAUCUACGGCUCCUUUAUGGGAAUUCUCUGUCUAACUUCCUACGUCAUCGUCGCCUUUGGUGUCGGAGACGGCGACCUCGGAUAUGACUGUAACGAAAGCUAUAACGAUUCUUGCGAUCUUCCAUAUCGCGCUCGAGGAACUGCGUAUAGUGUGCUUACUGUACUCCUCUCCGUCAUGGCUUGGGAAGCCAAACAUUCUACUCUCGGUCUCUUCAACAUGAACGCCUCUUCCUCAUUCAUCGGGAACCUGAUGAAGAAUAAAUUCCUGUUUUACUCUGUUUGCGUGGGUCUACUGACACCCAUCCCCCUCAUCUACAUCCCCGUUGUCAACAAACAGGUCUUCAGACACACGGCGCUGACCUGGGAGUGGGGACUGGUGUAUGGAAGUGUGGUGUUAUUUGUUUCUCUUGUCGAGGCUUGGAAGGCUAUCAAGCGUCGCAAGAGGUACGGACAGAGAGGUCUGUUGCAACAGAAGUAUAUCGAGAGGAGUGAUGACAGCAGCGUAUUGACUGCUGUUUAG